AUGCACGCACUGCAGGAAAGAUUCGGAAACUUAGGAGAAGAAAUUCGUGUGCAGUCCAUCACCGAACUCAUGAGUUUCCACAGAAAAGGGAAUGAACCAGUAGACUCACUUCUUGUUCGAUUUGAUAGCAUUCGAUCAAGAGCUGCAGAACAGGGCGGUGCCGUGGUCGGUGUACAGGGUGUUGCAUGGAUCUUGUUGAGAGCCAUUGGAAUUACAGAUCAACAACUAAUCCAGCUGCUUGCACCUUUCAACGGGUUGUUUCCUGCAAAUGAGGCAGAGUUGAACCAACUGAAGACCAGCUUGAGACGCAUGGGGCAUAUCCUUGAAAGAACCCCUGGAAAUCUACGUGAAGGACUGAGAUCAUCUACCAAUAAUCCAUCCAGUGCCUUCCUGGCCAACGCAGAUCCUUGGAAUGAGCAGCCGAGCCAUGACCAAUGGAACAGAUAUGACGACCAUGCAUCUCAUGAAUGGGCUGGACAAUCAGCCUUCAAUGCAUCCGCAUCAUCACAGCCAUCACAGCCAUCACAGCCAUCCCAUGAAGCCGCUUAUGCAAUGUUCGAGGAUGAGGACAUCGACACAGACUCAAACACAAGCUCAGGCGAGUGCAGCUCAGUGAAUGCCGACGGUCAAGACCCCAAUCGUGUUGCACAGACCUUGUUUUGGGCAUAUAGGCAGGCCAAACAUAAGUGGAGAAAAUACAUGGGUAAAUCCACUAGGGCUGUGAGACGCUAUGCAAGAAGAUUCAAUAAGUAUCGGGGAAAAGGCAAGGGAAAGAAAGGCAACCCAACCUUCACUGUAGGCAAAGGCAAAGGAAAGAAGGGCAAACAUCCUGUGACAGCCAUGCUUGCAGAGAUGGAUGAUGGUGAGGUGCAGUUGGCAUUGCCCGCGUUCAGAGGCCAUCGGUCGCCAGGAAAGGGUAAAGGCAGAAGGUCUAACCCCAAGGGUCCAGAUGGUCAGACCAUGCGCUGCUUUGAAUGCGGCAGCACAGAACAUCUUGCCGGAGCAUGCCCCAGACGUCGUCCCACAACGCAAGCCUCAUGGUUUCCCUUUGGUGCAUUCGGACGCAGAUCAACGACAUCAGAGCCAGCCAUAUCUCACAGCAGUGAUCAGUCUCGUGUUGUGCCACCAUCAACACCUCGCACUGAAAGACCUUUGAAUCCAGGAUAUGUGCCACCUGAACCGAGGCCAUUUCCAGUGAAUGCUCCUGGUAACCCAUCCCAGCCUGUGGAUGAACCACCCGCUGAAGCGACAGCUGGUCGCAAUCAGCCGAGUAUGCAGUGGGCAUCAAUGUCACAGAUGCCAGCGGAACUAAGGGAUUUGCUGCCGUUCCCUGUGUUGGCACCGCCUACAGUGCCAGCCUUUGCAGAUCGACCGGAGUUUGAAUUUCUUCGCAUGGAUUCCCAGCAGCAGUUGCCACAUCCGCCAUCACUGCGCGAGCCACAGCUUUCGAUGUUGGAAGGUCCUGUCAGGCCACAGAUUGAGGAUUUUCACUUUGUACAGCAGCAUGUUGCAUAUCACCGCCAUCAGACCAACCGUGACAUGCCCAUGAACCGACCAGCUGUGCAGAUGAGAUCCAAUCUAGAUCGACAGUACCGAGCCCAGAUGUUUGAAUUCCAUCAGACACAGCAACAUGUUGAAAGAUCCCGCAAACAGAAGAAGGAAAGAUCGCGCCAGCCUCGCCUCAGCACAGAGGAGUCAGAGUACGAUGGGGCACCAGACGUAUGCCCGUUGUGCCGUGAAAAGUUUGAGGUUGAUGAAUCUGUUCUCAGACUGGUUUGCAAGCACUUGUACCACGUUGAGUGUUGGACUGAGUACAUGUGCCAUGGCGAAAGACUAGUUUGUCCUGUUUGCCGGGGUGGCUGUCAUGUUGUUGCAAGGUAUCGCAUUCCAGCCGAUCAAACAUCACCACCAUUGCCACCAUCACGACCUGUAACUCCAGAAAGGAGCAAUGAUCGAGACACUCCAGAUGCAUUCAACAUCUUCACACCACCACCAGGCCGUGCCCCGCGAGGCACCAGUGAUUCGUCAGCAGUAGGAACACCGUUCUUUUCUCCUGAUAAUCAAGAAGCAUAUCCUUGGUGGCCCAGUGAAAGUUUUGAACCGACUGCAGCAUAUCACUCGAUAUCCAUUCCAGAUCGUGCCGGCAUCAUCAUCGACCCAGGCGCUUACACGAAUUUGAUCGGAGAAAACACAGCCAGAGCAUUCGCCCAGAAAGCCAUCGAAAACGGUCACAAGCCCAGGCAAUGGAAGAUGAAACCAAUGUAUGUGCAGGGUGUUGGAGAAGGACAGCAGAAAUGUGAAUGGAUUGUAUCAAUCCCGAUUGCAUGCAAGCUUUCAGUUGGUGGAAAGACGGUGUGCCUAAACUAUUUUGAGGCCCCUGUUGUAGGCGCGCGUGGUGCCAGAUUGCCGGCCUUGUUGGGCCUCAGAUCCCUCACAUCGUUGUCAGCCACUCUAUGCAUGCAUGAAAACAACGAAGCCCUGUAUGUGCCACUGCCUGGAGGGCCAAUUGAAGACUUGCAUCAAUGCCGAAAGUGCCCACUGUCCAAAGCACCAUCCGGCCAUUUGAUCAUGACGAUUGACCACUGGAGGGAACUCGCCCAAGAUUCCCGAGCAGGUGUGCAGCCGAAGCCCAUGGUGUUGCAUGUUGACCCACUGCAGCCGUCGACACCGAGCACCAUGCAGUCACCCCUGUAG